UUUGCUCGUUGCAGUGAGGCUGGUGUGCCCGGAUACACGUAUUGCGGUGAGCCGGGGCUCAACUUUUCCGCCAACAAUACCACCUACAGCGAAGAUGAUGCCGAUUUUCCACCAGGACGACGGGGCAAAACAUCACGGCAAGAUCCACUGUCGCACCGGAUCAUUGAGAAACGGCGCCGAGAUCGGAUGAACUCCUGCCUGGCCGACCUUUCGCGACUCAUUCCGCAGCAGUACAUGCGCAAAGGUCGGGGACGGGUGGAAAAGACGGAAAUCAUCGAGAUGGCCAUACGCCACCUGAAGAACCUGCAGAGCCAGGAGUGCGGCCGGGAGUCGUCCUGCGCCGAGCAGUAUCGCCACGGGUACAACGAGUGUCUGGCCGAGGCGGCCAAGUUUAUGAUGCGCGAGCGGGGCGAGGAGAUGUGCUUUCGCAUGGUCGCUCACCUAAAGGAGCACUGCAAUGAGAUUAUGAAGGGUGAAUUGAGCAAGACACGUUGCGGCACGGAGAUGGCAAACGGUGGCAGCCCCAUCUAUCUGGCCAGCGGGCAGCUGGGCCACCUGCGGGAAAUACUCACCUGCCCGUCGGAUCUCGAGCACAGCAGCAACGACCAUCACGACGUGAAGGAUCUUAGCUUCCGCAGUGCGACGAGCACGAGCAGCAGCACGCACAGCAACAACAACCCGCAGCAGGCUGCCGUCAUUACCUCGACUGCGCCGAGCAUCGUGCAGCACCAUCUGGACACGUCCAGCAACCACUCGACGCAGGACUACGACGCACCGUCCCCGCCGGCCCGGCUGUGCCCGAACGGUACCGGCACCAGCCUGCAGCAAGACACGAACAACAACAUCAACCAGCACGAGAGCGUCCUGCGCACGAUCCGCAUGCGCAAGUUCUCGGAGCACGCUUCGCCGGAGCACGAGCACAGCCACAACAGCUACAAGUUCAAGAACUACAUCCAGCAACGGUUUUCGCAGGACACGCACGAAAAUGGGCACGGAACCGAUUUCGAUCGCAGCCCGGUGUCGCUGCACGAGGAUCAGCAUAUGCAUCAGCAGCCGCACUCGCUGCGCGCCUCGCCACUGACCAACGGUAGCAGUGGCAGUAUGUCCGGGGCCGAUUCCAAGUCCUCCAGCACGAGCACACUGACCGGGAAGUCGUCGACCGUGGCAUCGUCCACGGACGAGCCACUGUCACUGAAGCGAAAGCUGCCCAGUACUCCGGUCAGAAAUGGGGCCGAAUCACCGGCCGCAGGUCCGAUGGAGAAUGGAGCGCACCACCACAACCACCAUCACCAGCAGCAAGGGGCGGCGGAGCAGUGCGUGCCGCUGGAGAAAAAGCUGGCGCUCGCUAGAAAUGGCCACCCGUUGGCAGCGUCAUCGUCGUCGUCCUCCUCAUCGGUGACGCCACUGCCGGCGUCCGAGAUAAAGCACGAGCUGCUAUCGUCGCUCGGAAGUGCGGUGGUAGCAAUGGGACCAACGGCGACUCCCGCCUUUGCACAUCACCAUCACCAGCAGCAACAGCAGCAACAUCACCACCAUCCCAGUUCCUACCAUCCGGUGCCGAUUUUUGCCUGCCACACGCAGGGUUUCUACAUCCCGCUGAACGUGGACUACGAAACUCUGUUGCCCUACCUGAACGGGAUCGAUCUGCUGAGCAAAAACUUCCUACAGAUGCCGCCGCUGCACCCGAUCAGCAUUAGCGUUAACUACACGCCCGGAACGCUGGGCGGCAGUGGGGGCAGCUUGCUGCUGAAGGCAUCGGCCGUGAACGGGCUCAACUCACAGACGAAGGCAAAACUGGUGGAAGGUAUCAUCAAUGGAUGUUAGGACAGACACACCCCCACCCACACAUGCGCAUGAAAGCACACCGACUUAGAAAGUUGCAUUUUCUCGUGCCGUUCUCCAUGGGUCGAUGUUGAUCGUAGAGGAUGUAUGUAUGUUUGUGUGUGCGUGUAUUCUACUAGCUGUACUAGGAUAAUAACUUUUCUAGGAUCGUGCACAGCACGGUCGUGAGUCGCUUAGGAUGCCAGAUUUAAGGAAGAGGAUGGCAGAUUUAAAGCCGUCCCAGAUCUUAAACGAUACUAUCAAUCCAGAGAAAUCCUAGAAGGAUAGCAAUGCGAUGCGAACGUAGUAGGGUGCUGCACGAGCGGCGUGAGUUAAAAAUUGUAAAACAAAUGUAAUCAAUAACGUAGCUGUGGCAGAUAUCCAGUUCCGCAUAGGACAAACAUAUUUAAACUCAGGUAACACAGUCUCCAUCUCUAUUUGUGUGCUGGACUGUGUACGUACAAUUUGCUGUUAGUCGACGACGAAUACACGCGUCCAAAGGUACCGAUACAACCCAAUAAAGUGAAUACAGUUCGUGAAACUGCAAAAUGCUGAACCAAGUACGGGAAACAAGGACAAUUUGAUUAAUCUUGACAGGUCUGGUUUUUCCCUCAGUGAGGAAUAAGAGAUUACACAAACUGCAUACAAUUCUGAUACGAUCGUAGAUUAUUCCAAAACUGUAACUACGACCAUGAUUUGUUCGUACGUUUACUUAAGACGUAGAGACACCGAAUGACCUCAACCAUCAUAACGAUCAUCGUUCAUAUUGGUAACAGACAGGCAGAUGAAGAAGAUCAUUCGAUAGGGAUUUUUUUGUUGUGUUCGAACACCACCAUCACCAGCACCGCCUCCGCCACCAACCUUAACCACCAGCACCACCUAGUCCUUUACAUUUUUAAUGCGCUCCAGUUAGAUCAAACAUGAUUUUUUAAUGCACACUCUUCAAUUUUAUUUUCUCUAUUGUUUAAAGGCUCCGAGAACUUUCUUAACCGAGGACAAUUAAUCUGUGAUACUGUGGAAAAUAGUAGGAAAUGCCGGGCUGGGU